AUGUAUGUUUAUUUACAAACAUACAUACCUAGUAUUGCACAGUUUCUCUACAAGUUUUUUAGCAUUUUAACUUUGGUGAAGACAAGCUAACAAUAAGAAAGCGUUCAAAGUGCACGGUCCUACGAGUGCCCAAUUUAGAGACCAUGUUACGAACGAUGGCUGGAAAUGGUACACUCACACAAACUAUCCGAAUGAUGAUGGAUCGCAAACUUUGCAGCGGUUCAGGCAUUGCAGCUAAACGGCUCACGGGAAAAGUGGCCAUCGUAACCGCCUCAACUGAAGGCAUUGGUUACGCCAUCGCGGAACGGUUGGGCCAGGAAGGUGCGAAAGUGGUCGUUAGUAGCCGUAAGCAGCAGAACGUCGACCGUGCUGUGAAUGAACUUCGAUCCGCUGGACUUGAAGUGACCGGCAUCAAAUGUCACGUUGCUAAUGCUACCGAUCGGAAAGCUCUGUUCGAUCAUGCAGCGCAAAAGUUCGGUGGCAUCGACAUUCUCGUAUCGAAUGCGGCCGUCAAUCCGGAAGUUGGAGGUGUACUGGAGUGUAGUGAAUCGGCCUGGGACAAAAUCUUCGAAGUGAAUGUGAAAUGUUCGUAUCUGCUGGCCAAGGAAGCGUUACCGUUUCUUCGCGAGCGCAAAGGUGGCAGCAUCGUAUUUAUUUCCUCCAUUGCCGGCUUUCAACCGUUCCAACUUUUGGGUGCAUAUUCCGUUAGCAAAACGGCAUUAUUCGGGUUAACGAAGGCAGCUAGCCAGGAAUUAGCUACGGACAACAUUCGAGUGAAUUGCAUUGCGCCUGGAGUGGUGCAAACGAAAUUUGCCGGAGCGUUGCAUGAAUCAGAUGCCGCCAAAGAAGAAACCUUGUCACGCAUUCCAAUGGGUCGAAUUGCACAACCGAAGGAAAUUUCUGGCGUUUGCGCAUUCCUUGUAUCGGAUGAUGCCAGUUAUGUUACUGGCGAAACUAUUGUAGCUUCGGGUGGCAUGCCGUCCCGGCUGUAAACUCUUUAAAUAACGUAACUUAUCACGCGUCUUCCAUACAUUCGGGUUUAAAGUUCGUACAUGGUGUGUCUGGGUGUAGCUUCUACUUUAUUAUUUUUUACAAGCGGGUUAAUAAAACAUGUUAACGGGUGGUAAAUAGCAA